AUGCGCGUUCCAAAGUUUCCGCCGAUGAAUCCAGCGGAGAAUGAAGUGAAGAAGCUGCUACUGCUGUUGCUGUUGGGGAGAGAUGAAGGAACUUCAAUUACCGGCUAUUUCAGUGCGGCUUCAACGGUACUUAUGCUCUCUCGUCCUGCCUCCGAGGACUUCAUAGCUAUGUCGGUGGAGAUUCCGUUUGGAAGCAUACCGGUUUCGGGUUCCGAACGUCUCCUCACCUCGGGGGAACACUUGCGGAGCAAUAUAGAGAGCAGGAGUUUCCGUAGGAGAUUUGGACAUCCAGGACCCCUUUGUGUUCCUUUGUGUUCCUUUGUUCACUUCGUGAACACCGCUUGGUUUCACCCCGGCCGUACGCCAUCCGGCCCGUUGAACCAUCUGUACGAGCCGUCAGCGUUUCGCUGGACAGUGCUCAACCGCCAGGCCGUUACCGUUAUACCCGCGAACCCUAACCCCGGACUGUUCCGACGGAGUCCCCGGACACCGUCGAAGCCUGUUGCACGUCACCAAGCACAGGAAGGGCGCGAACGGCUGGCGAGGGUCCGUGAAGGCUGCAGCCGAAACGUCGGAGGGUCCAUCCGACUGACGUAGAAGCCACCCCUUGGCAGAGCGCCGGAGGAGCGUCGACGACAGCAGGAAGGAGCAGCGACGACGGCAGAGCGGCGAGAACGGGGCCCCGAACGAGUGCACCGGAAGUGCGAAGAGAGGAAGAGGACGUGUGAGGUAGGAGUAGUUAUAAGGAAGUGGGACGGGACGUGUGAGC